AUGGCAAAUAGCGGUUAUGGUGGUCAAGGAAGCAAACGUAUGCGUGUUAGAGAUGAACCUGGUAUUCCUGGUCGUGCUGAUUGGGCAGAAUCAGAUGAUGAUCUUAAUGAGCGUGAUGUGGAUCAUCGAUAUGAAGAAUAUGGGCAUUUCAACAAUCCUAGUGUAUCUGAAACAUCUGUUUUAAAUUUUACUAUUCAAAAUCCAAAAUAUCCCAUUACAGUUGAGGUCAUCCAUAAAAUCUGUUCAUUUGUGGGAAAAGUAUUGCGUAUUAUCAUUGUACGUAAACGUGGCGUUCAAGCAUUAGUUGAAUUCGAUUCGCCAGAAACAGCAAGCAAAGUUAAAGUUGAACUAAAUGGUGCUGAUAUUUAUUCUGGUUGCUGUACAUUAAAAAUUGAAUUUGCUAAAAUUAAUCGUUUGAUUGUCAGAGGAAAUGAUCAAGAUAAUUUGGAUUUAACCGUAGAUGAAACUGGUAGGCUUAUUUCCAAAUACAAUACUGUACCUAACAAUACACUUAGCUUAUUACAUAGUUCACUUCAUCUUCCACAAAAUUUAAAUUAUGUUGGUCCAUAUCAAAGUCAACAGCAACCUCAGCAACAACGUUUCUUUCAAAAUCAAAAUGCACAUCAACUUCCAAGUCAUAACAACUCACGUCAGCAGAUGCUAACUAGUGAAUCACAUUUAAUUGCCCAACAGCUUGAUCAUUUCAUCACUGAACAACCAACACCUGGUUCACAUGUCUUUAACAUACAAGGAUUAACCUCGAAAUGGAAUUGUGAAAAGUUAUUUAAUUUCCUAUGUUUGUAUGGAAAUGUGUUGCGUGUAAGUGUCAAAUUUCUGAAAUCAAAGGAUGGUUCAGCAAUGGUUCAAAUGAAUAAUUGUGAUAAUCUGAGACAAUAUUUGAGAAAUCUGAAUUCAACUUAUAUCUUCGGCAAAAAGAUUGUCAUUGUUGGAUCACGUCAACCACAAAUUGAACCCGUUCAACGUCCGUAUGAGCUGGCUGACAAAGAGCCAUCGUAUAUGGAUUUCACAACAAACCGCAAUAACCGCUAUUUGACAAGUGAACAAGCACAAAAGAAUCGUCCUGUUGCCCCGUCCAAUGUUUUAUAUUAUUUUAACACGCCACCACUUAUGACGGAAAUCGAUAUUGUUCGAUUCUUUGACGAUCUUGGUGGAAAGCGGCCAUUGAAAAUAAAAAAUUUCCCGGCACGAAAGCAAGAGCAUAAUGGUGAACGAAAUCGUCGCGGUCAAAAUCAGCCUCGUGGUGUGACUGGUUUGGCCGAGUUUCGUAAUAUAACUGAUGCGUGUGAAUGUUUAGUUUUGGCUAAUAAUUAUCCAUUGCAACAUUCUGCUUCGAACUGGCCAUUUUAUUUUAAACUAACAUUUAGUGGCACGCCAAUUACAGAUUCAGAUGCAUUAUUUGGGGAGGAUCUUGAUGUGAGUUUAGCUACAAUAACAAUAGGUGCUGUACCCGAAAAAAGGACACUUUCACCGUCAGCAGACGAUGAAAAUCGAUCACAUCGUCGACACCAUUCAAAUAGUUCAUCUUCUGCUCAUCGUCACCAUGAAAGACGUGCUCAUUCUGGAGAACAACGAAGUCCAUCACAAGAAUAG